AUGGCUAGUAAAUGUAAACUAGGUUGGGCUGUACGUGGACCCAAGAAUGAGUCAAAGUCACAAAAAUCCUCAGAGCAAGUCAAUCAGGACACGCAUAUUCACGAACAGCUAAAUGAAGAUGAGAAAAAUUAUGAAAAUCUGCAGAUGGUGAAAAAUUCGCUUGCCACAGAAAGCUUUGGAGUUUUAGUAACACCGAAUCGGCUAAAUUCAGAAAAUUCUAUGGCACUAAGAGUUAUGGAAGAAACGAUAAGAAAAUGUAAUGACAGAUAUGAGAUUGGCUUAUUGUGGCGCGGAGAUGAUGUCAGAUUACCAGAAAGUCGGACCAAAGCAAUACAAAGACUGGAAUGUAUAAAGAGAAAGUGUAGAAGGAAUUAA